AUGCGCGCAUUGAAGCGUGCAUUGGGUGGGGGGUUGAGUGGUGCUGCGGCGAUGAUACUGCAAGUGUUGCUGUUGAUGCCCAUCCGUACGAUCAUGAACUACCAAUAUCGCCAUGGAACAUCGACGACUGUCGCAACUAAGACUCUGUAUGCAGAUGGUGGCAUAGGUCGAUACUACCAAGGCAUGGGUGCUGCUCUCUUCCAGGGGCCCAUCGCUCGAUUUGGAGACACAGCCGCCAAUGCUGGUAUCCUGGCCUUGCUGCAGUCCAACGGCUUCUUGAAGCAGCUUCCAUCGCCAAUUCAGACAAUCUUUGCAUCUGCGUGCGCUGCAGCUUUCAGGAUGCUACUAACACCAAUCGAUACCUUGAAGACUACUUUACAGGCCCAGGGAUCUAGUGGCUGGGGUCUACUGCGGCAGCGCAUUAGGACCGACGGCAUCGGCUCUCUGUGGUGGGGUGCUUUUGCAACCGCAGCAGCGACCUUUGUUGGACACUACCCCUGGUUCGCCGUAUACAACUUCCUUUCCGAAACCAUUACAGAGCCAUCGAGACAGCAGAUCGGAUGGUGGUUGCUACGGGCGGCUUUCAUCGGUUUCUGCGCUUCGGUCGCUUCGGACACAAUAUCGAACUCGUUACGCGUUGUGAAGACAUAUCGACAGGUCAACGAUACAAGGAUAUCCUAUACCGAGGCUGCCAAGCAGGUCAUCCGUCAAGACGGCAGAUUGGGUCUAUUUGGGCGCGGAUUGAAGACGAGAAUCAUCGCCAACGGUCUGCAGGGCAUUCUGUUUUCGAUCCUGUGGAAGCUGUUCCUGAAGAUUUGGGAAGACAAGACGGGUUGA